GCUUGUUUACCAAUAAUUACCAUUCCCUAUUUCACACUUUCAUUUUUCACGGUACCAUAAGAUUAACGGUUGUCAGUUACUAAAUUAAUCCACGUUUUUAAUAAAAAAAUUAAGUAAUAAAAACUUUUUAUAACGGACUAGUGGAGACGUGGGUUCGGUCUUCAGACUUCAAAUUCUAAUACAACGGACGUUAAAAUGUUUACUUAUACAAAUCCUUGUAAGUCUCUUCCGAGGUCUCUUCAGGUUCAGUUAGAUAAAAUUGAACAAUCACCAUUGACAACACAUAGAAAACGUAAAUUAUUUUGUGUAGACAAUUUGGAUGAAAAUAUCUCUCCAUCCAAAGUGUAUGAUCCUGAACAUGCUUUUCCUGAAACAUCUUUUAAUAUGAAUCCAACUGAAUUAAGUCCUAAUCUGGGUGAACAAUUUGAAAGCCUUAUUUCGAAACCAAAGAAUGAACAAUGUUUAUCAUCAAUUGCCACAGUGGAAUCUUCAACUUCUCAGCUGAUUGAACAUAAUACUAUAACACCAUUGAAAUCGAAAAAUGUUAAAGGAGUUGAAUGUCUUUCAAAUGAAACCUUUAGUUUAAACAAAAUUCAAAAUAACAAAGCUGACUAUGAAGUAAAAGCUUCAUGUUCUUAUGAUUAUAAAAAGAUAACACCCGAAGAUUUUGGUGAUGAACGAGUUACCCGCUCACAUUAUAAUCCAAAGGUUAAAGCAAAACCAUUUAAAGAUAGUAAGUCAACGAGUAAAAAAAGACCUAGAUCCACCAGCCGAGAACAAAAAACAAAAAUAAAUUUGUUUCCUGAUGUUAUAUUACCGUCUAAGAAGUCUAUAGAUAUAAAAUCAUGUAAAAAGAAAGAAAAGACUAAUUUAACUAAAAAAAACAAAACUCCUAAACAAUCUUCUUCGAAAAAAAAUGUUUGGACAGAGUACAUGCAUCAAGACAAACCUGAACGUAUUCUAUUGGAACAAGACAAUAACAGAAAAUUUUUCAAAUCUAAAGUGGUUCAUAAUGAUACACCAAAUAAGAAAAAAGAUAAUGGCUUUAACUUUAAAGUUAUAAAUUGGAAUGAUGAAAAUAGUAAUAGUUCUAGAGUUGAACUCAAUGAGUCUAAUUUAAAUAGUCCAAAAAUACUCAAUGAUAACAACAUUGAUGAAAAUGGACAAAAUAUAAAUAAAUGUGAAUUGUUGGAUGAUAACCAUAAUGAGAACUCUAAUGUAGAAAAAUGUCUUGCUGCUUAUUCUUCUCCAGCUGCUCGUCGCCUAAAAGAAGUAUCAAAUUCUUCAAUUAAUCUCAAUGACACGGUCAUAAACGAACCAGCUUAUACUUCUAUUGAUUUCAAUGAUACGAUCAUUAACGAAUGUGCUGCUAUUGAUGCUUCAGUAAAUGUAUCUUCACAAACUAAUUUGUUCCCAAUUUUCAUAAAUGAAAAUCCUCCACUUAGUCGCACUAUUUGUUCUAGUGAAAAAAAGAGUACAAUGCGAAAAGGAAGAAAAAUUAUUGAUGAUACUCAAUACCAGAUUUAUGCAGGUCAAAAAAAGUUAGGUGGUUUUUUGUGCAAAGAAUGUGGACUUUAUUAUUCAAGAGGAGAACCAGAAGAUGAAGCGGAACAUGACAAAUACCAUAAAGCCAAGGAUAUUUUUAAGUAUAAGAGCUCAAAAAAUGAAAAAGUUAUUUUUAAAGAUAUUGAUGAACGCAUAGUUGUAAUAUCUGGAUCAGAUACUAAAAUAUUAUGUUCAAAAGCUUUAGAGGUGAUGUUAUAUGUUGAUAAAGAACUUGGAUGUUAUACAGAAUGUUCUGUUUUACCCACAACUAAAAAAGUUCACUUGUAUAUAAAAAAAAGACAAGUGAUUGGAUGCCUAGUAAUAGAUCUCAUAUCACAGGCUUAUCGUAAUCUAGAAACUGAAACAGAAGACAUGGUUGUUGUAUCUGAAGAAUCAUAUCCCGUCAAAGCAGGCGUUAACAGUAUAUGGACAAAAUGGGACUGUCGCAAUACUGGGAUUGCAAGAAAACUGCUAGACUAUUUCCGUAAGAAUUAUACAUUUGGUCAUAUAUUGGCACUUGAUGAAAUAGCGUUCACAGUGCCUACACGCUCAGGCAAAGCAUUUAUUAAAAAGUACACUAACAGAAAUGAUUUUUUAGUUUAUACUGGAUGGUAAUUAUUGCGGUUUGUCAUUCCCCAUGGCAAUGUUAAUUUUUGAUUAUAUCUAGUUAUAUUGUAUUUCUUAGCAAAGUUUUGCCCUGAUAGUUUCAGACAAUAAGAUAAAUAUAAUAAUAAUAUGUAGUAUUCAAAAGUAAUUUAUUUUUGUUAAUUUAUUGUUAUACAUAAAUUAUUUUUUUUGGACCAAGUGUUAUUUUUACAUUUUGUUUUUUACACUGUUAUUAAAUGAGAAAAUAAAUGCUUCUAUCAUUUUAUUUUCAUGAAAAUAAAAAUUUUACUUAAAUAU